GCAGGGGCGGUGGGGCGCUGGCGUGCUAGGGUCGGCGCGGGAGGAGGGCGUAUAGACUGCGAGAAAGUCCCGCGCCCCGCCUUUCCCUCCCCCACCCCCCAACCCUUGGGCCUUGGGCGGUGGAGGAGAUUCAAAGCGGGGCAUACUACUGAGAAGAGACUGAGUUGAGGAGUGUUGGGUAAAGGCAUGACUUCCCGGCACCGCAGGGAAAAUAGGGUGCAAGCCCAGAAACUGUUUCCCCACCACCACUUGUUGAAAAACUGAUUUGAAAGCGUCUCUGGUUUGAACAAACGGAAAGUGCCAGAUUUCAUGCCUCUCUGCUCUUACGCUGGGGACCAUUUACUCCUAAGUAUCAAGACGAAAAAUACUGGAAACUAAUCCGGUAAACUUCUGAUGACUUUUAUUUUGAUCUAAACCUUAUUCAAAGUCAGAAUGGAAAGAUUUGUUGUGACAGCACCACCUGCUCGAAACCGUUCUAAGACUGCUUUGUAUGUGACUCCCCUGGAUCGAGUCACUGAGUUUGGAGGUGAGCUGCACGAAGAUGGAGGAAAACUCUUCUGCACUUCUUGCAAUGUGGUUCUCAAUCAUGUUCGCAAGUCUGCCAUUAGUGACCAUCUCAAGUCAAAGACUCAUACCAAGAGGAAGGCAGAAUUUGAAGAGCAGAAUGUGAGAAAGAAGCAGAGGCCCCUAACUGCAUCCCUUCAGUGCAACAGUACUGCACAAACAGAGAAAGUCAGUGUUAUCCAGGACUUUGUGAAAAUGUGCCUGGAAGCCAAUAUCCCACUUGAGAAGGCUGAUCACCCAGCAGUCCGUGCUUUCCUGUCUCGCCAUGUGAAGAAUGGAGGCUCCAUACCUAAGUCAGACCAGCUGAGAAGAGCAUAUCUGCCCGAUGGAUAUGAGAAUGAGAAUCAACUCCUCAACUCACAAGAUUGUUGACAAGGUUACCACCAUUGUGAUCAAGAUAAAUAAUGUGGAGUAUUAAAGUUAUGUGUUGAUUGUGUGGUUCAUUUUUAUAUUUAUUUCAUUUAAAAUCAUGUGAUGCAGAAUAGUUUUGCAAUGUGUAUAUAGUUGCAGGCAAAAAAAAAACAAAAAACAAAAAAAACCACCGUAAAACUUAUUGUUGAUUUUAGUCACCAAUGGUGUAAAGCAAAACUUAGGGUUUAGAGUGUGCUAGGAUACCUUAAACCUGAUGGUUAUCUUUAAAAUGGAUGGUUUUUCUCCUGAAAUGUUUGUGCAUGGAAGAACUGCCCUGCCUUUUUACCCUAUUGCCAUGUAUGAUUAUUCCUUGUGAGAUUACUUAAUUACUUGGAUUGAAGACUAGCCUAGGAAAUUGAAGCUGCUGCCAGGCAACACCACUUACAGUAACUUAAAAGCAUUAUUUCUGAUUAGAGGAUCCUCUUCAAAAAAGAAGGGAUGGUGGGAAACUUCUUGUAUCUUCAGAUCCCUAGCAGACUUUAUAUCAAACCAUACUUUAUUUGUAUAUGAUGUAGUUAACUAUUCUUCAGUUGCUCAGUCUUUUCUUCCCCUUUUUAAAGGUUUAUUGUAUUUAGUAGCAGCUUCAGAUGACCAAAAGACUAAAAUCUUUCUUUUAAUGUCAGUGCCAAAAGCCACAGGGAAUUUUGCAGUGACAUGAUUUUAGUCUCUUACUAUAGACACGAGUUUUUGAACCAUAGCUUUCAAGUAUUUUGAAUUUGUAAGUUUUUUUUUUUUAAUGUCUCGUUAGAAGACUUAAGGAUUGGCAUUUUAAUUUAAACAGGUAGACAUUUUAUGAUUGAGUUUUCUGUUUUUACAGAAAAUUAGUAAUUUGGGGCUGAUAAUAAGGAAAUUACUUUCUAUAAUUUUUCCAUAUGAUUUUAUAAGAGUUUAGGAGAAAUAGACUAGAAACAGGUUUACUUUCACUUUUAUGUGCUUUGCCUCUGGUGAUACAAGGUUUUUAAACAAUGGUAAACAAUUGUCUAAAAAUACUGGCAAAAUUUUUGUAGUAGAUAUCUGGCAGUAUCCUGCAUAACUGUUUGGGUGAGGAAAUAAUCAGUUCUGUUAAAGGUCAACCAUGUUCAGGUAAUGAUCUUUAUCUGAAUCUCACUAUCCUUUAAGGUUAUCAAAGUAGCUUAAUUAGCCCAGUUAUGUCCUCUUUGUUGGAGACCCAAAUUGUAUUUUUUAAAAACUAAACAGCUGAAAACUUGGAAUAGAGCUUUAAAAAAAAUCUUACAUUCUUUGAAAACAUUCAAGUUAAAAUACUUAUAAAAUAUAUUUCUAUUGCAAAACAUUGACAAAUGAUGUCCUAUGGGAGUUAUCGUUGAGGUCAUUUUACCACAUCUUCAUUUUAAAGCCAAAGUGAGUAAGAACAAGGUUAGAUUUUAUAUUUUUCAGAAACAGCUUUCCAUGCAUAAGUUUAUUUUACAGACUUAAGUUCCUAGUUCAGGUGGUCACAAAUGCCCAUCUGAUUUUAGAUUUUAUGUAGAAAUUUUGUUAUUUCAUUUUAAAUAUGCCUGCCACCCCCAUCCCCCAAAAUCACUUGUCAAAAUUUGAACUACCAAUUUUUCUCAUGUUCAGUUAAAGUAGCACAAUAAAUGCCUGGAGUAGUACUCUCAUUGAUAAAGCACAUACAUGAAACCAGCAGUAAAACAACCAAAAUGUGCUUUGCUUUUACUUCCUCUAGUAAAGAAUUUGCAGGCAACCAUGCUUAAGUUACCUAUAAUGGUAGAAGGUCUAAGAAGCUGGGAAGAUAAUAAAAUUGAGUUUUAUAGCACUAUUUUCAGAAUACAAAAAGUUAGAUACACAAUCAUUCUAAUUUUUCAAAGUUCUGUGUGAUUCAGACUGCUCCCUAUUUGGAUAUUAAUUUGCACGGACAGCAAACACAUAGUGGCAGAACAGCUUUGAGUAGUCUUAAGCAGUAAAAUUGGAUAAUGUUCCACUGGAAAAACAAUAAUUCACAUCUGAGUUUCUAGUAGUUACUGAUGUGUUGGUCAUUUAGGUCUCGAAUGUCUUAAUGUAUUUCUCCAGGCUUCUAACUAUUCCUGCAUACCUAUAUCUAGGGACAUAAGCCAUCCACCAGUUGGGAUUAUAUCAUGUCCUUAGAAGCAUUUUCCAUCCUGUUGUGUAGGUUUAAUAUGUUUCUUUACUGAUAAUAAAAUUUCGUUUCCUGAAACUGGUUAACUUUGUCUCAAAUGGAUAAAGCAGAAUGAUUGUUGUAGCCUGCUCAAACGAACAAUUCUCGUAAAACCAUGGUUGGCAUAUGUUAGAUAACAAAUGAGAAUGUCUAAGAGGUGCAUUGCUGCGAUUGAGGUGUAGUGGAUGUGUGUACAGAAGCUUUCAAUCUUAACUAUAUAGUGUUAGUGUGAUGCUAUACUAUUGGGAAAAUAGCAAUUUUUUUUCUAUUUUAUAAGUUGUAUGCAUAAAAAAGAUUUGUAAUGUUUCGUUUAUAAACUGCCUUCAACACAUGCUUACCUGUUAAUAGUGUUUUAUCAAAGUAUGGUAGUGUGUCUUUCAGAAUUUCACUCUAUCUAUGCUUACAGUAAAUAGUUCCCAGCUUGUUGAAAUGUUCAAUUCCUUGUUGGUUUCUUUUGAUUCUUUGGGGCGUAUACUAAGCCUGAAGGACAUUGUAAUCAUUUCUUACCAGAUGAAAAUUGAGAAAGAUUGUAUAUGCGAGCCUAAAUAGUUAUUUUAUUCAUUAUCAUCUUUGCGUAAGAUUUUCUUUUGCAAACAAAUGCUACUUCCAGUUAAUACAUUUGGCCCUACUUUUCAGGGACCAGAAAACUUUAAAGAAAAAGUUCUGCAUCUUAGAAUUGUAACCCAUUAAGUACGGGCUUGGAAUUGUUCUGAAGUAUUCAUUGCUUAAAAACUAUUGUAAGUAACAGUUGGUAGGAUCUCUACAUAGAAAGCUCCAUGUUAAAACCUUUGCCUGAAAGAAUUUAUAUGUUAAUGUUAAUGGAAAACACAUUUUAAACAAAAUAAAAUUUAAGGUGACCCAAAAUGAAAGCCACAAACAAUUCAUUAUUUGGUGCUUACUUAGUCUUUGUAAGGGCUCUCCGUGGUUUGACUUGCUCCAGCUGCCUUUAAAUGAGUACAGAUCACCUUCAUUAAAUAAUUCAUUCUAUAAUUUCAUUGAAAAUCUUAGCCUAGAAUAAAUUACUUUAGCUUUUGAUCAGCACUGAUUAAAAUGUGAGUAGUGAAGUGGCUACCUAAACUUUGGUUUAUCUCAAUCCAUACUAUCAUAGACUUUUGAGGUAAAUACAGUUCUUACCUAGUGGUAUUCCACUUGUAUCCAGAAUAUUGUAUUCAUUAAAAUUUUGCUAUGUUCA